AUGACUAGUCAUCUGCCUCUUGUUAGAAUUACAACGAAUCAUGGUUAUGAGUUUGAGAAUUCUCAGUUUAUGAAAUUCUAUGAGGAGAUGGGAAUUAAGCAUGAGUUCUCUGUAUCUACUACACCUCAGCAAAAUGUUGUUGUGGAGAGAAAAAAAUUAGAGUUCUUGUUGAGAUGGCUAGGUGAUGCCAACAGGGCAGGUUGUAGUGAUGGUAGGAAAAGCACUUCCGGGGGGGUCUUUUAUGAAGGUAACAACCUAGUUGCUUGGCAUAGCAAAAAAUAG